UGUGAAGGUAGGCAGUGUUCCUGUGUCUUAUUGCAGUAUGUGUUUGUGUAAAUGGAUGGGCAGGGCGGACCGAUCUGCAAAUUUCAUCAUGAAGGUCCUUAUUCUUUCCUGUCUUCUAGCUGUGGCACUGGGGACAUUCUACGACGAAUGUAAAAGAAGUUUUGAAGCUACCGACAUCAACCAUGAUGGUAUUAUACGCCCAGAUGAGAUGUCGACUGUCUUCACAAAGACUGACGCAAACAACGACGGAAACAUAACCGCUGAAGAGUUAACAGUUAUUCAUCAACCCGGGACACCCGAGGUAAUCCAGGCUUAUUUCAACUACUACGACAAACUAGAUGGCGCUGCUGACGGUGUGAUCUCUAUGGCAAUUGCUCAACUGCUUUUUGACAUCCUCGACGCUGGCAAUGAUGGUGAAAUCACACUUGAAGAUUGGUUUGCGGCUCUUAUACAGCUAAAAGAUGACAUCCAAAACGAGAUGAUGGCUUCAUAUGCUGAUUAACAGGCUGAUACAUCCGACACCUGACAGAUGAAGGGAGGUGAUGUUUCAGCAACCAACAGCAUGACACCGGACAGAGGAUUCUAAUACAAUUCACACUGUUUGCAAUGAACGAUGAUGGCUUUUCGUUAUGUGUUCUGUGAGCAGAUAUUGAUGAUAAGAACCCAUAAUAAGAGAGUUAACAAUAAAAAUAUAAUUGAACUAUUAAUAA